CAUGGAAGAACUCUUCGACCUUUGUCAUCUUCACUAUGGAAGAACCUCUGGACCUUCAUCAUCCUCAUCAUGGAGGAGCUCUUGGAUCUUCAUCAUCCUCAUCAUGGAAGAACCUCUGGACCUUCAUCAUCCUCAUCAUGGAGGAGCUCUUGGACCUUCAUCACCCUCACCAUGGAAGAACCUCUGGACCUUCAUCAUCCUCAUCAUGGAGGAGCUCUUGGACCUUCAUCACCCUCACCAUGGAAGAAGAACCCUUGGACCUUCAUCAUCCUCAUCAUGGAAGAUUUCUUGGACCUUCAUCGUCCUCAUUGGAAGAGCUCCUUUGACCUUCAUCCUCACCAUGGAAGGACCCUUGGACCUUCAUCAUCCUCACCAUGGAAGGACCCUUGGACCUUCACCAUGGAAGAUCUCCUGGACCUUCAUCAUCCUCACCAUGGAAGAUCUCCUGGACCUUCAUCAUCCUCACCAUGGAAGAAGAACCCUUGGACCUUCAUCAUCCUCACCAUGGAAGAACCUCUGGACCUUCAUCAUGGAAGAUCUCCUGGACCUUCAUCACCCUCACUGUGGAAGAACCUUCAUCGUCCUCACCAUGGACGAUCUCUUGGACCUUCAUCAUGGAAGAAGAACCCAUGGGCCUUCAUCAUCCUCACCAUGGAAGAACCUCUGGACCUUCAUCAUGGAAGAUCUCCUGGACCUUCAUCAUCCUCACCAUGGAAGAAGAACCCUUGGACCUUCACCAUGGAAGAUCUCCUGGACCUUCAUCGUCCUCACCGUGAAGAACCCUUGGACCUUCACCAUCCUCUCCAUGGAAGAACCUUCAUCAUCCUCACCAUGGACGAUCUCUUGGACCUUCAUCAUGAAAGAAGAACCUCUCGACCUUCACCAUGGAAGAUCUCCUGGACCUUCAUCAUCCUCACCAUGGAAGAAGAACCCUUGGACCUUCAUCAUCCUCACCAUGGAAGAACCUCUGGACCUUCAUCAUGGAGGAGCUCUUGGACCUUCAUCAUCCUCACUGUGGAAGAAGAACCCUUGGACCUUCAUCAUGGAGGAGCUCUUGGACCUUCAUCGUCCUCAUCAUGGAAGAAGAGCCCUUGGACCUUCACCAUGGAAGAUCUCCUGGACCUUCAUCAUCCUCACCAUG